GCGUGCUUUCACCGAAUCCUCCUGCGUGGAUUUUUCUGGACUUUCUUCAUGAUUCCAGUGGAAUAAUCGGGAUUUAAUCGCAGCAGAGAGCGGAGAGAGAGCGUUUUUAAUCGUUUCUAAUUGUUUUUAAUAGUUUUUAAUCGUUUUUAAUCGUUUUUAAUGAGAGUGCAGACAGCUCUACUGUUAUGCCACACACUUUGAGAUCCUACGACUCAGCUCAUCUCUGGUUUCUCAAUGACAAGACUUCCAAAAUUCACAUUUAUGCUACAUGGACCAAAGUACGAAAACGACGGGGCGAAGUGAGCCACCUGUUCGAGAACAAUCCUAAAUGUGUGAGUGUGAGGAAGAGGAGGAGGGCCAAAGCUGUGGGCCACGUGGAGAAAUGUAUGAGCUCCAUGCAGAUGGGGACCCAGAUGGUGAAGCUCCGCGGCGGCUCCAAGGGACUGGUGCGCUUCUUCUUCCUGGAUGAACACAAGUCGUGCAUCCGCUGGAGGCCGUCGCGCAAGAAUGAGAAGGCCAAGAUCUCCAUCGACUCGAUCCGUGAAGUCUGCGAGGGGAAGCAGUCAGAGAUCUUCCAGCGAUAUGCCGAGGGCAGCUUCGACCCAAACUGCUGCUUCAGCCUGUACUACGGGGAGCACAUGGAGUCCCUGGACCUGGUCUCUGGGACUGGAGAGGAAGCUCGCACCUGGAUCACCGGCCUCAAAUACCUGAUGGCCGGAAUCAGUGACGAGGACAGCCUGGCCAAGAGACAGAGGACUCGAGAUCAAUGGCUGAAGCAGACCUUCACAGAGGCUGAUAAGAACGGAGACGGCAGUUUGAGCAUCAGCGAGGUCCUGCAGCUGCUCCACAAACUCAACGUCAACCUGCCAAGACAGAAAGUCAAGCAGAUGUUCAAGGAGGCCGACACUGACGACAACCAGGGCACGCUGGGCUUCGAGGAGUUCUGCUCCUUCUACAAGAUGAUGUCAACCCGCAGAGACCUGUACCUCCUCAUGCUCACCUACAGCAACCACAAAGACCACCUGAACACUGACGACCUGGCCCGCUUCAUGGAGACGGAGCAGAAGAUGACCAAGGUGUCCAAGGAGCAUUGUCUGGAGAUUAUCAACAAAUUUGAGCCGUGCUCUGAAAACCAGAAGCAAGGAGUUCUGGGAAUAGAUGGUUUUACGAAUUACAUGCGCAGCCCUGCUGGCGACAUUUUCAACCCCGACCACUACAACGUGAGCCAGGACAUGAACCAGCCGCUGUGCAACUACUUCAUCGCCUCGUCACACAACACCUACCUGAUGGGAGACCAGCUGAUGUCUCAGUCCAGGGUGGACAUGUACGCCUGGGUGCUGCAGGCCGGCUGCCGCUGUGUGGAAGUGGACUGUUGGGACGGCCAGGACGGAGAACCUAUCGUCCACCACGGCUACACCCUCACCUCAAAGAUCCUCUUCAAAGACGUGAUCGAGACCAUUAACAAGUACGCCUUCAUCAAGAACGAUUACCCCGUCAUCUUGUCCAUCGAGAACCACUGCAGUGUCCCUCAGCAGAAGAAGAUGGCCCAGUACCUGGUCGAGAUCCUUGGUGACAAACUGGACCUGGCUAAUGUCAGAGCUGACGAGUCCGGACGGCUGCCGUCACCAGAAAUACUCAAAGGCAAAAUCCUUGUCAAGGGGAAGAAACUUCCUCCAAACAUCGAUGAGAACGCAGAGGAGGGAGACGUGUCUGACGAAGACAGCGCUGAUGAGAUGGAGGACGACUGCAAGCUGAUGAACGGAGACACGUCAGCCAACAGGAAGCAGGUGGAGAACAUGGCCAAGAAGAAGCUGGACAACCUGAUGAAGGAGUCAAAGAUCCGAGACAGAGAAGACCCCGACAGCUUCACCAUCGCAGCCCUGCCUCCAGCUGGGAAGGCAACAGACAAAACCAGCACCAAGGGUAAGAGUGAGGACGGGACGGACACCGCAGACGAGUCAAAUCCAAGCAGCAACAAGCGUACAGGACGCUCCUUCAUGGGGAGCUUCUCCAAACGCAAGAAAAAGACGACCAAGCUGAAAAAGACGUCGAGCUUUGAGGACACGGAUACCGACCAAGAGAGCACGAGUAGUGCCUCCAAAGCUCCUCUACACCACAGCAAAAAGAAGAAGACCAUGAAGCUGUCGAGAGCUCUGUCUGAUCUGGUCAAAUAUACGCGCUCUGUGGGGCUGUACGACAUCGAGGCACAAGCCAACUGCAGCUGGCAGGUGUCGUCUCUCAGUGAGACCAAAGCUCAUCAGCUGAUGCAGCAGAAAGCCACUGCAUUCAUCCAGUUCAACCAGAGACAGCUCUCCCGCAUCUACCCUUCCUCCUACCGCAUCGACUCCUCCAAUUUCAACCCUCAGCCCUUCUGGAGCGCCGGCUGCCAGCUCGUCGCGCUCAACUACCAGUCUGAGGGCCGCGUCCUGCAGCUCAACAGAGCCAAAUUCUACAGCAACGGCAAUUGUGGCUACAUCCUUAAACCUGCCUGCAUGUGUGAAGGUGCCUUUAACCCGAACUUGGAGGACCCUCUGCCGGGUCAGAUGAAGAAGCAGCUGGUGUUAAAGAUCAUCAGCGGACAGCAGCUGCCCAAACCCAAAGACUCCAUGCUGGGAGACCGAGGAGAGAUCAUUGAUCCCUUCGUGGAGGUGGAGGUCAUCGGGCUUCCCGUGGACUGCUGCAAGGAGCAGACCAGAGUGGUGGAUGACAACGGCUUCAACCCGAUGUGGGAGGAGACUCUGGUUUUCACGGUCCACAUGCCCGAGCUCGCCCUGGUGCGUUUCCUUGUGUGGGAUCAUGACCCCAUCGGCCAGGACUUCAUCGGCCAGCGCACCAUCGCCUUCAACAGCAUGAUGCCAGGUUAUCGCCAUGUUUAUCUGGAAGGUAUGGAGGAGGCUUCAAUCUUUGUUCAUGUAGCUGUGAAUGACAUCACUGGUAAGGCCAGAGCAGCCAGCGGCAUAAAAGGGCUGUUUCACAGAAACCCAAAGCAGGCUUCCCUGGACAGCCAUGCUGUUGCACAGCACAGCCGUAAGCACCCGUUUGGUGCCCACCUUCUGCGCCGCACUGCCAGUGCACCCACCAAAGGCCAGCCCAAAAUCAAGAAGGGCUUCCCAGAGAUCGACACCAAAGACUACAGCUCAGAGGGCGCCAGUGAGGAGCGAGAGUCCGAGGACCGGGACAAGGCCUCUGCUGCCGCCUCUCACCAGCCCACAACACCACAACACCGCAACGGGGAAUCACUGGCAUCCCAUCAAGCCAAGGGCCCCUGGGACCGUCCUGACACCAAUGGGGCUUUUCAUCCUGAGGAGGGAAAAGACUGUUCCUCAGUGCAGAGACCAGCUCUCCCUCCUCCAUUUCUUGCACUAAACUCUGAAGAGGCCAGGAACCCACGACUCAUCCGCUCCGUCUCCACUCCAGAAGAAAGCCUAUCCUCCCAUCACUCCUCGUCUCCAUCACUGUCUUCAGCAUCCACAGCAAUAAAAGAAACCCCCACACUGACCGCUGCUUUCAGCGGGACAGUGGACAGCCCUAUCAAGGUGAUCAGUGAGCUUAAGGAACAUCCCAUCCUUCCCAGAUCCUUAUCCUCCCCUCCAAAGAACGCUGCUGAGAAAACUGUACCUUCACCGUGCAAUCAAGAAGCCCAGACCAACAGAAGCACUCCUACACUCACAGAGCAUGCCCCAGAUCAGAGCAAGAACCAAGAAACUCUCACAGAGAAGAAAGAAGAGUUAAAGUCCACCGGCAGAACAGAUCGUCCUGGUGCAGGAGAGCCUGCCAUAGCUCCGGCUGCAAAGACAACCCCAGCCAGGAGAGCACUUUUCAGCAAUCUGCCCUCACACGCACCAGUAAGAAGGGCAAAGAGCCAGGGUCAUGUUCGGGUCGCUGUAGCCGAUCAGGUGCAGUCAGCUGUACCAGAGGUCUGCACAGACGCCACCAUGAAUGACCGCCUGUGGAGCAAGCUAGAGCCAGGCAGCCACCGAGACAGCAUGUCGUCCUCCUCCAGCAUCUCAUCCAGUGACACAGUCAUUGACCUGUCACUGCCUAACCUCGCCAGGAAGAGCCUCACCAGCCUGCCCGCCUCCAACAACACCCGCGACCCCCAGUGGGCUAACUGUCGCCACUCAGCGCUGGUCUCCUACGACACCCUGCGAGUCAGCAAGAGCAAAUCAAACCCUAACCUUCAACAUAGUGAGAGUGACACAGAUGAGCUCAAGCCACGCCCCCUACGGGAAGCUCCUCUGGACUCACCCGGCGGACUGACUCAGAGGAGGCACACCUGGAGCCGGCUCUACAUGGAGGGGCUGAAGCAGUCUUCAUCCAGCAGGCCGCCCACUGCAGCAGCAGCCUCCAUGUCCAAGAGCCUCGGUGAUCUGACCUCUGACGACAUCUCCUGUAACUUUGACAGCAAGUACCGCAGCAUCAGCCGCAGCUUCAUAGUCCGGCCCAGCAGGGAUCAGCUCCGCAGAGGCAGCCCCCACAGACCUCGGGCUCCCAGCGACCUCACAGAACAACUACGGAGGCUGACUGACGUGGAGCCGCUGACCGCCAGCGACUUCACUAAAACCAAAGCUGCAGAGUCACAGGAGGAGCCAGAGGAGGAGACCCUGGUGAGGAGGACCUCCUCCAGGAGUCAAAGCCGAGUUCGCUACAUCGCUAACAGGGCAAAGAAGGCCCAGGAGAGGCAGAGGCUCCAGGGCCUGGUCCAGGGACGGAGUGCUAGCUUUAGCCUCUCUGGUAGCAUUGGCGGUGGGAGUCCCAUCGAGGAGCGGGGGAAUCCUGAAGGAGCGUGUUGCGUGGCCCGGAGCCCCUGCAGCAGCCAGGACCUGCUGAGUCAGCUCGCUCCCCUCGGCACCCCCUCCCCGAGACAGUCCCAUUCCUCCCCAGACCCUGAAAACAGUGAAGUCUUUUUCAUGCUCAAACUCUAAGAACUGGCUGACUUGGAACUGAGCGUGAGAGACACAGCAAGAAACUUGUUUGGAAUACAGUCCCACUUCUUUUUUCCAAGUAGAAAUCUUUUCUAGAAAGUGUUGCAUAUCUUGUGGAAUAUCUCACAAAAAAAAAAUGGUUCUCAAAGCAGAUUGUUGGGAUGCUUCAGAGAAACUCUUCCACUGAAUCAGUCCUCCAUCAACAGUCCAUCCAUUCUUUGACCUGUGCACUCAGAAAUGGUUUUGUCUUUGUCUUGGACCGACUGAGGCAUUCUUCUCAAAGCAGCCUCUUCAGCUGUCGUCUGUUUGCACCAAAUGUUCGAUUAAUGACCAUAUUCCCAUGGCAGCCGAGACCCUGUGACGUCCCACUCAGUGUGGGAAACCCUCAUUAUCACAUUUAUAUUCCAGGUUGUUUGUCAUACAGACAGCAAGAUUCUGACAACUGUCUUUAUUUGACUGAUUCCUGACUGACAAGAGACGACAAAGACAACAGAGACUGAAAAUCCAGAAAGAGAUCUGACCACAUUUCUUGUCAAGUAAAGAAAACACCAGAGCCUAGGAUAAUUUAAACUAAAGAUGAAACUUUAAUAGUGCAGGGUUGUUGUAAAUUUCCAUUUUUUUCUCUCUGCUUCAUCUUUGAUGCAGCUUUGUGCCCGUUUUUCCAUCAAGGGAUGGUCUGACAAAUUUUCCUGUAUCCAAGAAAUAGGGAUGCAUGAUACUGGAAUUGUCCUGAUAUCCUAAAUGCAGAUAUUUACAGAUAAAUUUAAGCCAUCUCUGAUAUGUAAAUAUGUAGUUCAGUCUUGAAAACACACCUCAAAGUUCAAGGUAGAAAAAUAAAGUGAACUUAUACCUACACAAAUCUGAUAACUGCAGGUUUAUUGAUCAUAUAUGUCGGCAGAAAUGUCCACAUUGACUAUUUGAUCUAGUAUCUGCCAGUACCAAUAUUAUAAUAGGGAAGCAGUAUCAUAAUACAGAUAGUAGGGGUCGACUGAUUGCUGGCCCCGCUGGUUAUUGAUCAUUUGGCUGAUUAUUGGCAUCAGCAUUUUAUUUUACCCAUAAUUGUUAAAGUUAAUUAACCAAAAAGUGUGCUACUUGAGCUCCACUGGAGGUGUGUCUUCCUUUUGGUGUCAUUUUUAUUCUCCACUGUCUUACAGUAUGUCCUGCAUAUAUUACCGUCUGAUUGGCUAAAUGUCACAUGAGUUCUAGCCAAUCAACACUUGAGCCUGAGUGCCACUGACACAGGAAGCGUAUAGAAUCACUUCCUGUUUUCCAGCUUCUACUGUGUUGCUUUUCUUAUGCUAAUAGAGCUCACGCAAAGUUUUUCAAUUAUUUUAAGAUCAUGCAAUUUUAUUUUUGCCAUUAAGUACAUUUUGUACAUCAUAAUAAAUAAAUAGGGGUUCCUAAUAUCGGUUAUCAGUAUCAGCCCUGAAAAAACUGAUAAUGCUUGACCCCUUAUAUAGUGCAUCCCUACCAGGAAGGAUAAAAAAUUUAAACUGCAUUAAAGCUAAUACCCCUAAUGUUGAGGUUAAGACUACUGCUCUGCACCCCCUGCUGUAAACAUCAUAUUUUUAGCAAGCUAAUUUGUGGCUACAAUAGAUAAGUGCAUCAAAAAGAGCUUCUUUAAUGAUCAGCUGACAUUCCUGAUUUUAGAAGAAUGAGAAAUCAAAGUUAUAUGACCAUAGAGCAGAAAAGCUAAUGCUGUAAAUAAACAUACUUCCAGUGAGUUUUAUUUCAGGCUUAAACAAAUAUGUUCAAAUAAACACUAAAAACUUUUGUCAUAGCUGUGAUUAUCCACCAUAAAAGGAAUGUAGGGCGUGGCUAAAUGCUUAUUAGCUGCACUCUGAUGGUAGUUCAUGGGUUAUCACACGUUUGAAUUUGGAAUAUGUUCCGAUCCCUCUUUUAAGAUAUGAUAUGUAGAAAUUCUGCAGUGAAAUAUCAAUAUUUAACAUUCUUAUGUUUAAGUCAUUUAAGUUGAGGUUUAACAGUAUAUCUAAUAUUUCCUAAAGAUUUCAAAGACUAAAAAAUACUUAAUAUAAUUAAAAGGGGACGCGUCUUAUCAGGGAGGUUGCCAUAGGCUGCAAGUUUGAUGCAAUGAGGACUGUAUUGGAUAAUAACAUCAUUUCAUAAGGUGUAUUCUCUAAAAAAGAAAACUGUUUUCAUUCAUAAAUUUCUUUUAAUUAAGGAUAAAUGCAUUAAAAACAUCACUUCCACGUUCGUGCUGGAAGUGGUCCCAGGAUGCACGUACACUCAGGUGUUGGUUCCAGUGCUCAUGUGCAUUCUUGAACUGCUUCCAGCACGAACAUGGAAGUGCCUUUUAUAGUGCAUUUCUCUCAAAUUACAAGGAAUUUAUUAUUGGAAAUAAAAUGUUUGUUUUCUGUUGUCAAAUGUCACAUGAGUUCUAGCCGAUCAACA